AUGACACAGCAAGCAGAACCCGACGAUUAUAUUCUUGAAAAUGGAUUCAACAUAUCAUCACAAUUCAGACAGUUCAAUUUAGAAUCAAGCAAAAAAUCAAAAGAGUCAGGGUUUUACGUGGAUGGAGAUUUACAUCAAAUAUUGUCCUUGUCUCACGUGUUGUUACUUAAAGAGAAUGAGCAUGACGAAAGUGUAAUAAAAAGUUUUGGACUUGAAAACUUAAAUAGUCUACACAAAAAUAUACUUCAAAAAUACGUUGUUAAAAAUUCAGUAAUGGAAACAACAACAUUCAACAGUAUUAUAUCGGUAUUACGGGUAAGUCAAUGCUAA